AUGAGUCGUGACGAGACUGAGCGCUAUAUGAACAUCCAAGUUGAAUCGCAAUACUGGAAAGGCGAGAAUGGCUCACAAUUGUCGUUCCUCUAUCCAGCUAUAUACACGAUCACAUGUCGACUCAAUAUCAGAUUCUUCCCGUAUGAUCGCCAGAAUUGCACGUUGACAAUAUCCAGUUGGACGAACUCCAUGUCGGCGUUGGAUUACUAUGCUGACCCUGAAGUGAAUCUGGCCUCAUUUAUACCGAACGAGGAAUGGGAUGUGAAGUCGUUCAAGAUUUUCCGACAUGAGGUAGGACUUGUUUCGCUCGCAACUCAAAAAAUAAUGCCAUUGAGAAGCGGUUUCCUCCCAUACCCUGAAUGCGGGGACACCGCUCUUUACAUGGUGGGUGUACAAAUUAUCGAAUAA